GGCUGCUGACAUCCCCCGCCGAGCCGCCCGCACCAGCGGCGCGGAGAAGAAGCGGCGCGGCGGGCGGGUGGAGGCGCGCGAGGAGCGCGGCCUGCGAGAGCAGCAGCGCGACGGCCGCGCCGAGCAGGAAGGGGCGCGCGGAGAAGAGCGGGGGCGCGGAUGGGGGGACGGUGCUGGCAGGGCGGGGGGACUGCGCGCGUGGCGGCAUGGCGGCGGCGGAUCAACGCGCGCCGGCGAUGGGGACUGGCGAAAAGCGCAUGGCAGCUCGUGCUGCGACGGGCGGACAACGAAGAAUAGCCGCACAAUCACGGGCGACGCGACUAUCAUGAGAACAUGGACCCAUGCUGCUGCCGGGAUUCCCGCCGCAAGAGCCGCCGCAUUGCUCGGCGUGCUCCUGCUCCUCUCCUCCGCGCACCCGGCGCGGUCGGAGCGCCUCCUCGGGUCGCUGCUGCGAUUCGGACGUGAGUUCGCCGCGACGCGUCUCAAAUGGCAUACUAAUAAAGACACGCCUAUUCCUUCGCUCACGCGUCUCCCUCCAGAACCCGAUCCGCGCAUCGAUAUCUACGAUUCCGAAGCAGAUGCGAUCGACGGCGCCAGUCUCGACCUGCCACGUGGCCCGCCGGAGCUGUCGGACCCGGAGCUCCGGGUGAGGUUCGGCACCGUAGCACGACGCAAGGAGUCGUGGCUCGGCAGAGCGAUGGACAUGGACGAGGCGUGGGGCGGCGUGGGACAAGGCUGUCGGAUGUGCCGCCUUCCGAACCAAGCACGCAGAUUACCACUCCCUCGCACGUGUGCUGCUGGCUGGGUGCGCCCCGCUUUGCUUCCACCUCAGAUCUCAUCGCCCCAGUACCAGAACGACACGUGGCCCCAGAGCAGCAGCUUCCAGGAUGCUUCUUCCCUGCCGUGCUCUGCUCUCAAGUUGCCUCAUGUCGCCAUUCAGGUGGUUUCCUCCCCGUCAAUCCCUGAUUGGCUAGACGGUCUCUACACCUGCCCCUGCCACCUCUCCUGCUCCUUCUCCCGCUCCCCGACCCUCUCCCCCUCCCCACACGCGCUGCUUUUCGAGGGCGAAUUACCCCGAGAUAUUCCAAACCACCCGAGCAGCACAGGGGCGGGAGGCAGGCCCCUAGUGGUGCAAAUGGACAUGGAGGGGCAUGGGGGCGGGGAAGGGCGGCCAGGGCAUAGUGCCGAUGGUCGUGGUAGUGGCAGCACUGGCAGCAGCAGUGGUAACAGUAAUGGCAGUGAUAGGGGCAGCAGGGGCAGCAGGGUUGGGGCGGACGUGAUGGUGGGGUAUGGAGCGGGUGCAGAUGUGCAGGUGACGUAUGCGGGGCAGCUGGAGCAUGCCGAUCGCAACCGCCAUGUGUCUGGCGUCAAGCGAAAGUCACCGCCUCUCAUCCACGCAGCAUCUCGCCCGUCCAGCUGGCGCGAGCGCAUUGGAGCACUGAUGAGGCGCAUGGCGCACAGCAUAGGCAGCCGCAGCAACAACAUGAAGGAGGAGGAGGCAGACGUGCUGGACACCUAUAGCAUGUGCCAAUAUUUCGGGGCACAUGGUCAGAGGGCGAACCUGGAUGGCGGGCACGCGCGCAACAAGACGGGCCAAGGUGGGAGCACGGGCACGCGCGAGGGUGAGUCUGCAGCAGCAGCAGCAGGACAGAGAGGGAGGGGGAAGGGAGCAUCGGGAGGAGAGGCAGGAGGGGAGGGGGGAGGAGGAGGAGGAGGAGGAGGAGGAGGUGGUGGUGAUGACAAUGGUGGUACAGUGCCGGUGUACUUAGGGGCGCCGGACAUAGACAGCUUUGCCCCUCCAGAUUCGUUCCUGAACGCCGAUUCAAUGCAUCGGGACGAACUGCGGCACACCAUAGUGGCGGCUGCCGAGGACCCCGUCAAAUAA